ACCGGAGCUGUCGCUGUCCACCCCUCGUCCCAAGCACUCCCAGAGCUACCGUGAGCGUGAUCGCCACCCGCUGUGGAGAUUACGCUGCUUGCCCUCUCUCCAGAUGUGACAGCUUUGCGCUGAACGCCGGCUCCCCCAUAGUCUGCUUACCAGCCAAGCCUUCUUCCUGAUUCCGUCCGAUCACGGAUCUAGCCUGCCAUAAAAAGACUCUCAGCCCACCACCACUGGCGUGACGAGACAUGGCUGUUAAUGGCGACGCGACCCCGGGGCAGCUUGUCGAGCAGCUUGCCGUCGGCUUCGAUGCCCUCUCCUCCGAGUACAGGAUCCUCUACGAGCAGCACCGCGAGUUGGAAAACAAGCUCUCGUGGGCCAAGCAACAGUACCUCGAUCUCCUCAAACGCUUCACUCCGGACAUCGCUAUCCAGGACCACAAAGUGUUUGUCCAAAGCCUGGAAGAAGUCGAAAGACACGGCCAAGCCGGUCCUAUAGAUUGGCUUGAUGCACUUGCGCAAAGCAGAGACGGAGAUAGAAGGACGGGCGCAUACAUAAUCAAUCAAGCGGAGCGCGCGCGAGAUCAGCUGAAGAACUACCGACCGCGGAAAGACUCAGACGGGGUCAAGAUCUGGAACGGGACAUCGGGUGAUCGCGCAUCUGAAAGGAUCUCGAAGCUGGAAAGCCUUCGUCAAGCGGCUUCUGCCGCAGGUCUCGAAAGGGACUUUACCACACCUGGUACGCCCAGCAAGCUUGGUUGCCCUUUUGCCACUCCGAGUGCUCGAGGACGCUCUUUAAGUGGAAGAGGAAGCAUAGGAACCCCAAGAAGCUCGCACUCUAGAAUUCUGCCACACGCGAUGCGAUCAAAACGGUCUUCGUUCAACGACCCUAUUCGAGCUGAGAUAUGCGGCAUCGAGGGCCAGUCUCCGGAGCCGUCAGUUGCAGGAUCGAACGGUCCUAUAUGUCCAAUUCGCUUCAUGGACCAGCACUCUCCAGAGGAAAUUGCUAAAUACUUUGAGACUCACAAACACGAAUUGCCUCGAAGCCAUGAGAUUUGCGUCAAGCGAUUCCAGAGUAAUGCCGAUAGCAUCCGCGAACUGGAUGCGAAGUACGGCAAUCUCGUCAGCAUGAUAAAGGGGUUGGGUGAAAAGCACCAACCGAUGCUACCAACUGAGCCCGCCGAGGACGAGGAAGCCAUCCUGGAAUCUACUUCCCAGGGUAGAGUUGCGAAAUGGGCCAAGACUGUCAGCACGAGCGCUCAAGCUGGCGGCGAACUAUCGCCAGACUUAUUACCUAAUCCGGAGCAGCCGCUACCAGAGGAAGAGGAGCGAAAGCCACAUUUCGAUCGGCCCUUGAAAGAUGUUCGUGUGGGCGAGUCACCCAGCCGUCCUUGGGGGAUCACAGUGCCAGCAAGAUACAAUAAGGCUCCUAGCGUAAAAUCAGAAGACUCCCUACCAACCGCCUCACCAGCCCAGGAGUUUGCCCCAGAGCCUAAGCCCACAAAAUGCCCGUUCGACCAUACAAAGAUGGGAGAUGGUCCCCCACCUAAGCCUACCCCUGGGCUUGUACCUGAACCCGCGAAGUGUCCGUUCGGUCCAGCGAAGGUGGGUGCAGGCCCUCCGUCUAAACCUGUACCUGAGCCAGUGCGAGAGCCCGCCCCUGAGGUCAAACCGGCAAAAUGUCCAUUUGACCAUAUGAAAAUGCGUGGUUCCGCGACAGCGAAACCUGAACCGACCAUCCCGCAGCCGGACGCACAAACGACUCGUCCAACGCCUCAGACAGAUGGUCCGGCAUUCAUCCAACCGGUUUCUGGCCCGAAUGAUGCGCAGAACAGACCGAGCCCGCCACAAAUGGUAUUCACAGGCCCGGUCUUCAUCGGCUAUUCCGUGGAACAGGCAGCUGCUAUUCUGCAACAAAACGGUUUUGCGGGAAAGAGUUAAAUUGAUGAGCUUUUUCUGCAAAACACCAGAUCGCUGUGUUCAACCAACGACAUACUUGGUCAAAGCAUAAAGCACUCGCUUAGUGGAAAGCAAUCUUUGGAUGGUUGAGGUUGGAAGGGAGAGUAUUGAGCUGUACUAUGAGUAAUGAAGCACGACCUGUAAUGGGGAGAUUGUCUCUGGUAGCGAUCCCUUGUAGCACUUUUGUACGAGCCGGCGACGGCCAUAAUACACACGAGUCUUUGUUUGUUCAUGACGGUGUGUGCUAUUUAUGACAAUAUUUUGAC